AUGGAUGUCACCAUACCGACCCCCUCAGAAAUCAGAGGGAGGACCUCACAGCCCAGCACUCUGCAGGGAACCCUCGGCAGCCCAGACACAGCUAAAGCCCACAACAGCAACAUCUUUUCUGGGUUUGCGGGACUCCUUCCCAUCCUCCUGGUUGUCGCAGUUUUCUGCAUCCUGUGGACCUGGAGCAAAUGGAAGAAGCGGCGAGUUCCUUACUUCCAAGUUACCAUCAUGCCCUUGCUGACUCUGCCUCGACCCAGACAAGGAGCCAAAAAUAUUUAUGACCUCUUGCCCAGAAGACAAGAAGAGCUGGGAAGACAUCUGUCAAGAAGUAUUCAUAUUUUCAGUACCGAGAGCCUCCUCUCCAGAAAUUCUGACAGGCCUCCCUCUGAGCAUGUGCCCUCCCAAGCAGGUGAUGCCCUCCAUGUGCACAGAGCCCAUACUCAUGCCAUGGGGUAUGCAGUGGGCAUCUAUGACAAUACCAUGGGGCCCCAGAUGUGUGGAAACCUCACUCCCUCAGCGCACUAUGUCAAUGUCAGAGCUUCAAGAGAUUGCCCAAGCACUUCUUCAGAGGAUUCAAGAGAUUAUGUCAAUAUCCCCACAGCAAAGGAGAUUGCUGAGACUUUAGCUUCUACCAACAGCCCUCCUGGGAACCUCGUCAUCCUCCCAAGUACCAAGGCGCUGGAGUUGACUGAAGAAAUAGAUGAGGGCUGUGGGAACGCCAGUGACUGCACCAGUUUGGGGUCUCCAGGAACUGAGAGCAGUUAUCCACUCAACGAUGGGGAAGGGUCUUCUCAGACCUCAGAUGAUUAUGUCAACAUGGCAGUGCUGGAUCUCCAGACCAUCCAAGGGAAGCAGCCCUGGGGAACUUUUCAGUGCUGCAGAGAUUAUGAAAAUGUACCACCAGAUCCCAGUGGAAAUCAGCAGCAGGAGGAGAAGGAAGCGACAUCCUCAAACACAGACCAUGUAGAGGGCAGGACAGAUGGUCCAGAGACCCACAUCCAACCUGUCAUGCAGUCAGGGAGUUUCCUGGCCUUAAAGGAUUAUGUGGCCUAUCAGUCAUCUGCACAGAGUGAGAACAGUCAGAUGAAACAUGGAGAAGAGAUGUCAAAUGAAGACUCUCAUGACUACAAGAAUGUGUGAGCUGCCAAGGUAGGAGGUAGGGACUUUGAGCAGGGGCCUGACACAUGGCUCCUUCCUGAUGAAUUAAGACCCAGCCACCCAGCUGGAAAGUCACGUGGAGUGGUCUAUCCUGCCGGAUCCAUAGCCAUUACAGGGUCUUGUGAAGACCCUUGA